AUGGGUAUCGUUUGGUCCCAGUUCUUCCCGCCCAAGCCGACGCUGACGGAGGCCAACCUACCCAGUCAGAAAGGAAAAGUGUUUAUCGUCACAGGAGGAUAUUCAGGGGUGGGCUUCGAAUUAUGCAAGAUUCUAUACCAAGCUGGUGGUAAAGUGUAUCUCACAGGCCGCUCAGAAGAGAAGGCUCUACAAGCGAUCACAGACCUCAAAACCGGAAGUCCAAAUUCCGAAGGCGAGAUCGUGUUUCUCCCCCUCGAACUCGAUGACUUGACCACCAUUAAACCCGCGGUGGAGAAAUUCACCAGCGUCGAGUCUCGACUGGAUGUGCUAUUCAACAACGCCGGUGUCUCCAACCCUCCACAAGGUUCUGUAUCACCACAGGGCCACGAGCUUCAACUGGCGACUAACUGUCUCGGUCCCCAUCUGCUCACUCAACUACUCCUACCGACAAUGAAGCAGACUGCUCGCAACGAGACUCAGGCAUCUGUCCGUGUGAUUUGGCUUUCGUCGAUCGUCGUCGAUGCCUCCGCGCCAUCAAACGGGGUGAACCUGGAUGAUUUCCUACGACGAGACGCCGGGAUGAACCGUAACUACGAACACACCAAAGUUGGAAACUGGUUCUUAGCCAACGAUUUGGCGAAAAAAGUUGGCGAAGACGGCAUAUUAAGCGUGGCAGUCAACCCGGGGAAUUUGAAAAGCAACUUGACUCGUCAUUUUCCAUCAUGGGUACCUAUUCUUGUGGCGCCUCUACUGUAUCAUCCUCAAAUGGGUGCUUACAGCGAGCUUUGGGCUGGUUUUUCUCCGGAACUCACGAUUUCUGACGGAGGAAAGUAUAUCUUGCCCUGGGGGCGACUUCACCCGAAGCCCAGAGAGGAUUUGUUGCGAGCCAUGAGAUCGAAGGAAGAAAGUGGCACAGGUGAUGCGGCGUUGUUCAUUCAAUACUGCAAUGAUAAGAUUGAGGCAUUCAAGUAG